AUGGAGGACGACGAACGCCCAAGGAAGUACCCCAAAUUGAAUCAUGACAAUGAACGGGAGGAAUCAGAGCCCGCAAUGACCGGGGCAGUGGGGGUUGCUUGCGAUAGCAAUGCUGAGAUCACGGAUGCCGACAAAAACACUUCGACAUCAGAUGGCGGUAUGGACGACACUGCAGAGCAAGCGGAUGCUGAAGCAGAACACGAAGAAGGGAAGGAAGCAGUGCCCACGAUGUCCAAAAACCAAUUGAAGAAACUUCGCAGGAAAGAGCAGUGGGAGUCAAUGCGCGAACAACGCAAGGUCAAGCGGAAAGAGAAGCUGGUUGCAAGAAAGGAGCGGAAACGAGCUGCCCGUGACCAAGCCAAAGAAGAUGGUGCGGGGGCUGUGGAUGAGGCUGGGAAAGCUUUGGAGGCUAUACCGAAGCGACACCAACGGUCAACAUUGCUCCCGAUCACCCUCGUAAUCGACUGCGGAUACGAUGACUUGAUGCUAGACAAGGAACGGGUGUCCCUUGCAGCACAGAUUACGCGCUCUUAUUCUGAUAACAGCCGCGCACCCUAUCGCGCGCACUUUGUCAUUUCGUCCUUUGAUAAACUGCUCAAGGAACGGUUCGAUACGGUUCUGAGGAAGACACAUGAAAACUGGAGAGGCGUCCGCAUACUGCAGGAAGACUUUGCGGAAGCUGCGGAGCAGUCCAAAGAGUGUAUGCAAGGACCCCAAGGCGGCAAAUUGGCAGGCGUCUUCGCUGAUCAGCCAGAUGCAAAGCCCGAGGACGGGGAAAUUGUCUAUCUCAGCAGUGAUAGCCCCAACACCUUGACGGAGCUGAAGCCAUACAGUACAUACAUCAUUGGGGGCUUGGUGGAUAAGAACCGUCACAAAGCCGUCUGCUACAAAUCAGCAGUAGCAAAGGGCAUGAAGACCGCAAAGCUCCCUAUCGGAGAGUAUAUCCAAAUGUCCCAUCGUCAGGUACUGGCAACGAACCAUGUCGUGGAGAUCAUGGUGCGAUGGCUGGAGCUACGUGACUGGGGAAAGGCAUUCAUACAAGUGAUUCCCCCGAGGAAAGGAGGCAAACUGAGGUCGAUGGAAGACGAGUCAGAAGGUCAAACGUCAACACCACAGGAGAAUUACUCUGAUCGGGAAGAAGUAGCGGAGGACACAGUCGACCCUGAGCAACAAUCCUAG